AUGGCAUCCCUAAUGUACUUCAAUGGUGAAGGCGCCGGCCAAGUCUUCAGUGACCAGUGUCAUUACUCUCAAGCUGCCAUUGUUGGCGAUAUCGUCAAAUGCUCAGGACAGGGUGGUUGGACGAACGACGGUAGCCUGGACGGCAAAGAUUGGAAGGGACAAAUUGACAAUGCCUUUGACAACGUCGAUCGAGUGCUUCAGGCAGCGGGCCUAGUUGGUUGGGAGGACGUCUACCUUGUCCGAUCCUACAUGACGAAUAUCGGCGUGCAGUUCGAAUAUUUUGUCCAGAAGAUGCAGAAACGUAUUCCUGGACAUCGCCCUACCUGGACUGCUCUGGGUGUUUCGGGGCUUGCGCUUCCUGACAUGUCGAUUGAGAUCGAGGUUGAAGCAUAUCGGGGCAAGCAGUAG